UAUUUGAUGCUCUCGUUGUUGCUGAACAUGCUCUCGUUUUGGAAUUACAACAAGUUUUUAAUCCAUUUUUCUGAUUUUCAAAUAUCCACGGUUGUUGUUAGUAAGUGAAAGAUCCGUCAUGUCCAGAGAUGCGCCACGUGGCCUUGAAAUCAAGGUGCAACCGACGGGAGGAGGACCUCCCAUGGCAUCGACGUCGGGGACGAUGGCCACAUCACGAACGCCGGUGAGAAGAGUGUCACCGUCAUCAGCGUCUGCAUCGGCAAUAUCCGGAAUGUCGCCGCCGUCUCUGAUGCCGAGGCCGUCGCAGGCGGAUGAUUGGGGCGAAUUCGGGCCGUUUAAGCGGUAUUGUACGUGGCUGGUACCGGCGUUCGUUGUAGCUAACAUUGUUAUGUUUAUAAUUACAAUGUAUGUUAAUGACUGUCCGAAGAAUACUGGGAGUUCUUGUUUGGGUAAAUUUUUGGGGAGAUUUUCGUUUCAGCCUAUGAAACAGAACCCGCUUCUUGGACCUUCUUCUCAAACAUUAGAGAAGAUGGGUGCUAUGGUAAUAGUGAAGAUGACAAAACAACACCAGACAUGGCGCCUUUUAACUUGCGUGUGGUUGCAUGGCGGGGUUUUUCAUCUACUUACAAAUAUGUUGAGUCUUCUAUUCAUCGGAAUUCGGCUUGAACAAGAAUUUGGGUUUGUCCGAAUUGGGUUGCUCUAUGUCAUAUCUGGCUUUGGUGGGAGUGUAAUGUCGGCUCUUUUCCUUCAACAAAGUAUCUCUGUUGGUGCCUCUGGUGCCCUUUUUGGGUUAUUGGGAGCCAUGCUUUCUGAGCUUAUUGCUAAUUGGACCAUAUAUGCAAAUAAGUUCGCUGCGAUGCUGACUCUCAUUUUCAUCAUCGUAGUAAAUUUGGCCAUGGGAAUCCUUCCACACGUGGACAACUUUGCUCAUAUAGGAGGAUUUUUUUCUGGUUUUCUUCUUGGAUUUGUGUUACUGAUCCGCCCCCAGUUUGGAUGGGUUAGCCAAAAAAGUGUUCCUCCAGGAUACACUGUAACUUCAGUCAAGUCUAAACAUAAGACAUAUCAGUAUGUACUGUGGGUUUUCUCGCUGAUACUAUUGAUUGUCGGAUUUACGCUUGGUCUGGUUCAGCUAAGCCGUGGAGUUAACAUGAAUGAUUAUUGUUCCCGGUGUCAUUAUAUGAGUUGUAUCCCUACCUCAUUAUGGAAUUGCAAAGCACAAGAAGUGUAUUGUCAGUCGACCCAAAUUGGAAAUGAAGUGAAUUUGACAUGCAGUGGCUCUGGAAAAAGCAACAUUUAUCCAUUGUCUGCGGCUGAUAAUCCUGCAAAGCUUGAUGAUCUAUGUUCUGAGUUUUGUAGUUGACACAGAGCAUGGAGGAGAAGAUUAUUGGUUGCCUGAGCCGAUUCAUUUAACAAUUUGUUGUAAGUCAUUUGUUAUCUGUAGAGAAACAUGUUCUUCUGUAUCCGUAAAGUACAUUCUUCCGGCAAUCAUUUUUCCAAUCCCCUUAAAUUGUU